CAACCGCUCACUGGUUGGAGGCACCACACACACACCCGACCACACAGCCAACGCGUGGGGGUACACAUUGCCACUUAGAUCAUCUGUCUCCUGGCGGGCCAAGAGGAAAUGACGAUGGACCACCCGCAGCCGCCGCUGUAUGUGGCUAUUCUGACGUAUCUCUCGUAUGGAGUGCUUAUUGUGUUUGGUCACCUCCGUGACUUCUCCAGGGCUGGCCUCACCGCCCUCGGCCUCCGCUGGCUCCUCCGGGCCACGUCGAAGGACACCCGGCGGCCUGUGGGUAACGAGCCCGGGUACUGCGAGCUGCUCUCGGACUUUGACAACUUUUACACUCGCCGUCUCUACCACCGCAUCCAGGACUGCUGGAACAGGCCGGUGUGCUCGGCGCCUGGAGCGUACAUCACCCUCCCUGAGCGGCUGUCGGACGACUACAACCUUUCCUUCAAGCUGACCGGCAAGACGCAUCGGUGCCUCAACCUCGGCUCGUACAACUACCUCGGCUUUGCCGAGAACCAUGGGCCGACCAUUGCCGCCGUCACCGACGCCACCCUCACGUACGGCAUCUCGUCGUGCGGCUCGCGGGCGACCGCCGGCAACACCCGCGAUCACGUCGAACUGGAGAACCUUGUCGCCCGCUUCCUGGGCAAGCCGGCAGCCAUGAUCUUCGGCAUGGGCUUUGCCACCAACUCGACCGUCAUUCCUGCGCUGUGUGGCAAGGGCUCGCUUGUCAUCUCGGACACGCUCAACCACUCGUCAAUCGUGCAGGGCUGCCGCGUCUCGGGCGCCAAGAUCAAGACUUUCCGCCACAACGACCCCGACGACCUCGAGGCUGUUCUCCGCCACGCCAUUGCCUACGGCCAGCCGCGGACCCACCGCCCAUGGAAGAAGAUCAUCGUCAUUGUUGAGGGCAUUUACUCGAUGGAGGGCGAGAUCUGCCGCCUCGCCGAAAUCGUCGCCGUCAAGAAAAAGUACAAGGCGUACCUGUACCUCGACGAGGCCCACUCCAUCGGCGCCCUCGGUGCCACCGGGCGCGGCGUGUGUGAGCACACCGGCGUCUCGCCUGACGACGUCGACAUUCUCAUGGGCACAUUUACCAAGUCGUUUGGCGGCGUCGGCGGCUACAUCGCCUCCACCCCCGAGCUCAUCCAGUACCUCAAGUCGGUGUGCAUCGGGCAUCUGUACGCCAACGCCAUGGCGCCACCGGUUGCCCGCAUGGUCCAGACCACCAUGAAGAUCAUCAUGGGCGAGGACGGGACCAACGAUGGCCAGCGCCGCAUCCACCAGCUCCGCGACAACGCCAACUACUUCCGCCGCCGCCUCGUGGAAAUGGGCUUUGUCAUCUACGGCGACAACGACUCGCCGGUCGUCCCGCUCAUGCUCUACUACCCGUGCGCCAUUGCCGCCUUUUCACGGGAGGCCCUCAAGCGCUCGCUCGCUGUCGUCGUCGUCGGCUACCCGGCGACACCCAUCAUCGAGUCGCGCUCGCGCUUCUGCCUCUCUGCCGCCCACACCCGCGAAGACAUCGACAAGGCGCUGGACGCCAUUUCAGACGUCGGCGAUGUCAUGGGACUUAAGUUCAAUGCCUAACCCUUAACGGUACGGUCGUUCGGACGCGUUGUUGUGCGCCCCUGCCCGAUGGCAGGCGAUGCAAUACACUCUUCUACUUGGCACA